GCGUUUCUCAGUUUGUUUACGACUUUUCGGCCGAAUCGGUUUGGCCAGUACCCGAAAGUCAGUUCACGUGUAAACAGCUUCUUCAUUCCUUCCGCUGCCGUGCUGCAACAGUGACGUUCCGAGUUGGUGGGGUUGAUCAUAUCCGGACAUUAUCGAAGGUGAAACUUUGAAGGAGUUUUGAAAGUGGUCAUUUACUGAUGUAAUACUAAGUGCAAAACCUAAAUGUUCUUGGAAUUUAAUGUUAGUUGGGAAAAAUAUUUUAAUACUGUUAGCUUGAUGUUGCGAUUUAAAUGGUGAUCCGAGUGUUUCCGCCAAGUCCCACGUGUGCAUGCUGAAAGUGUUACAAGAUUGGAGACGCAGAAGUGCACACGCAACGUUCCACUUGUCGCGCGCAGUGCAACAUUUUGGUCGACGUCGAUCGGCUAAGGGUGGCACUCACACGCACUGCGUGACCGUCCCUUCGCACGAUCCCUUAAAAAACAACACAAACAACAUCGCGAAGGGAACUCACCCACACAACUGUUCUUCUUCUUGUUCCAGAAAAUACUAGCAGCAAGAGCAGCAUAAUCGCAUCGCAAUCGCAGCACCGCAGAGACAGUGUGUGAAAAAUGAAAAUAAAACUAUCAAAACAGUACGAAAUGAAAUUUUGUUGAGUGAGGACGAGAAAUAUUGCCCCUCUCCGCGAAGCGAUAGUGUGUGGGCCUCAGAAGAGUGGGCGCGAGCGUGGUGCACACACAGGAAGUGCAACGGACGAGAAACUGUGAGGCGGAAAAGUGAGCAGUCAAGUGUGUGGAAAAGAAAAGUGUAAUAUGUGAAGGGCAAAUUGCCGCAAAAAAACUACAGAUGAAAAUCAAAACUGUUGGAACAAAUUGAUGAAGUUAGUGUUAAUUAGUAAAACAAAAACUGAACAAAUGAUGAAAGUGUAACAAAAUCGAAAGAAGAGUACUGAAUCGAAUAAAUAGUGCUCAGAAGAUCAACAAAAUAGUUUAAACCAACGAAAUUUCCCUCGCACAGCUAAACUUUUGGAUUUUUAACAAAAAAAAAACAACUCUAAACAGAUUUAAGGCACAACAACUAAAACUGGCAUUUAUUUUGGUUAUGCUAAGUUCUCGCCUAUUCUGUUACAAAAAAAAAUCUCCCAUUUUUUGCAAUAAUUGUUUCGGACCCGCUGUGUUUGAGGUAGUCAAAAUUUUUAAAUUGCUCAAUUCUAAAAUAAAAUACAAUAACGAACUGAUCAAUCAAAAUUAAGUGUAUCAUAAGAAGAAUACGAAAAAUACCAACGAAUCGUGAAUAUGGUCUAUCGCCUGGAUGGUUCUGAUGCUGUAAUCUUGAAGCAAUCUUUCUAACGAAAUCAAGCAACGAUUUGAAAUCACAUUGAAAUAAGUUAAAUUCCUACAUAAUCAUACAUCAUGGGUGGCAGCGAAGCGCAAACCUACUGUCUACGAUGGAACAACCACAAGUCCAACUUGGUCGAGAUUCUCGAUGCGCUCAUCAAGAUGGAAUGCUACGUCGACUGCACGAUCUAUGUCGACGAGCAGGUCCAGUUCAAAGCGCAUCGUGUCGUUCUGGCGGCCAAUUCACCUUAUUUCCAAGCCAUUUUGCAAGACGUUCCCAUGGAUCACUGCACAAUCCUAUUUCCAGGAGUACAAGAGUUCGAAAUGCGAGCGCUCCUGGAAUAUAUGUAUACCGGAGAGGUGAAUGUAACGCAGUCUCAGAUCCCUCGGAUAAUGAAGAUCGCUGAACAACUCGAAGUCAAAGGACUUUUUGACAUGGCCGACAUAAAAGGAAGAUUCGAAAAGAUGGUCGUUGAACAUGAACGUGAACGAGAAGAGCCAUAUAUAAGCAAUAACAACUACAGCACGAAGCCUCAACCUCCACCAAGCAAUCAACAGUCACCGCCAGUCAUUUCGACUUCCACCAACGUUUCCACUGCUCAAAGCAGUAGCUCAUCUCCACCGUACACGUACAAAUCACCCUACACAAGCUUAUACGCUCGUACCAGCCCGACAGCCAUAGAAAGAGAAAGGGACCGAGAACGUGAUCGUGAACGAGACCACCGAGACCGGGAACGCGAAUUUGAAGAUCGUGAACGUCGUGAGCAGUCGUCAUCCUAUUCCCACCCUCCACCACAUCCUUCAUACUCUCACUCAAAUGAACCACCGCACGACGAACAGCCCCAAACCUCAUCCGCCUCAUCGUCCUCCUCCGUUCCGCAUCCAUCGCAAAACCUUCGGUGGUCAAUCCCAGGUCCAAUUCCAGUUACAAUGCACCAACCACCGCAACUGCACAAUAUGCUCAGUUCAGUGUACGAUUCUAGCUCAGACAUGAACCCACUCAAACGUAAAAAGCUCCAGUCCAUGUCCAGCAUGCUUCGUGAUACUCCAAUCCUGAGGAACGUUCUUGCUCAACCGAAUGCUGCUGAUUCUUCACAAUCAUCGCCUUCGGCUUUAUCACUCCAGCAACUUCCGGGACUGAAAUCGGAUGCAGUCGGCGCGACUGUUUCUGGGCAUCACCAUCCUUCGGAACUCGCUGGCAGCCAUCACUCCAACGGCGGAGGAUAUAAGCAUAUGAAAGAACCUCUAUCCCCAUAUGGAGACAAAUCAUACGAUGACGAAGCCAUGCUUGAACCGCGCCUCAACUACAGUGCCGAUGAUGCCCGUCUAGCAUCUUACGUUCCGCACCAACAAAAACCCGAAUGGAAGCGUUACAAGCAGUACACCCGAACUGAUAUCCUGAAUGCGAUCGAAUGUGUACGCAAAGGUAUGAGUGCUCUUCAAGCAUCCCGCAAGUUUGGAGUUCCUUCGCGAACGCUGUAUGAUAAGGUAAAAAAGCUAGGUAUCACAACUGGCCGACCAAUGAAUCGAACGAUAAAACGAAGCCCGAGUUCCGGUGGAAGCCCCGCUCCGUUCCCAUAUGGUCUGAGUGGAGCUUCGCACAUGUUUGGCCCGGCACAUCCGGACCAACAGAUGCCAUCACAAUCCCAAAUGCAGCAUAGCGAAGAAGACAAAGCCCGAAGAAUGGAACAUUCGGGACAUCAUUUGCCGCCGACGAUCCCCCACCCAGCUGCUGCUCUCCUUGAUCCGUCAUUUCUCCAGCAGGCUCUGGAAGCACGUGGCGGAGAGGCCCUUCAGGCUAUGGCUUUUGCCGCAGCUGCACAUGCAGCAGUGAACGGAAUCAACACCUCUCCCGGAACGCAUGGUUCGGCUCGUUCACCUAGUCCAAAUGUUCUGAUGAAAUACAUGCGUUCGGUUUCGAUGAGUUCUCCUGAGGAUCGCGAACCUCCACGCGAUCCUAGCGAAGGCGAACGUCACCAUCACAGUAAUGGUUCCGAAGGUUACGAAAGGCCACACCGCAGGCCUAGUGAACACGAAGAUCCUCGGGAUGUUAGUGGCGGUACUGAUGAUCUCGUGGAGGAUCUGUCAAUGGCAAGGCGUGACCAAGAUUCCGAUCGUGGAUCGGUUUCGCCUCCUCCGAUGCCAAGUCAUUUGCAGCAGCAACAUAUCGCGCAGCAGCAUCACUUGGCGCAUUCGGUGUCACAACCACCUCCACCACCGCCACCACCUAUGAUGCCACCUCAACAGCAAGGUGUUAUCGUUCCAGCCCCCAGCAAGAUCAAAGAUGAGUAUGCCAUUAAGAGAGAAAUGAUAACCGAACAGAGUAAUGCGCCCAUGGAAUCUUCGUAAGAAUUACGAGCUGUUGGUUUUAACCGAUUCUAUUCUAACCCGCUCCUUUUCUUCUACUGUUUGGGUGGUGAGUACUAAAAAAUCCCAAAGGAGCGGGUGCUUCUUUUCGUACUAUUGUGUUUCCUUACAAAACUAUAAUAUCUAUGAACAGAAAUCACUCAAACUUGAAGCUUUGCUCUGUACUGUGAAACGGGUAAAUACUAGUUUUCUUCUAUACUUAUACGUUGAACCUUUUUAACUUUUUUUUCCUUAUUUAAUAUUUCAUUUAAACAUGAGUAAAAGCACGUAGGCACGAGUAAAAGCAGAAAAAAGACAUUCGAAAAAGCUCAAGCAAACAAAGAUGUGUAAAAACUAUAAUAAUUAGGUAAUUAUUUUUAUUAUAAUAUGAAACAAAACAAAAUACGAAGCCGCGCAACAUAAGUUACCUUGAAAUAACCUGAUAAAGCAAUCCCACCUAUUAUUGUUUACAUUAGAAUAAUGCUGUAUUUUUAUUUCAAUCUUCUACAACGUCUACAAUACCUAAUGCUUAUCUUAUAGAGAGAAGGAAUCUCUUUAGUUGACGAAUGAACUGCAAACUCGGCCUUGAACAAAAUCAGCCACGUUUUCGGGAAACCGAAAGUGGAUGGCUUAGUUCAUGUUGGUAGCAGAAGUGUUGAAAAUGUCAAAGAAUUUGAUAACAUUUCGAAAAUUAAUGUUUUUUUUCUGUGACUUAUAACCCUGCUGCACAUACGUUUUGGAAGUUUUACAUUGAGAGUUUAUUAAUUCUCAUUCACAAAUUUCAACGACUUGUGACUCUUCACGUCGGAUUCAACAAUACAUCUUCGGUUUAAUUUUUGUUUGACAUUUUCCAACAGCCUUCUGAUUUCAACAACAGCUGAUGCAUUCUCAUAAAAUCUAAUGCCAUUACUGAGUUAAAACUAUCAAUCAACAAAUCAAACUAUAGACUGAGCUUAAGUACAUAACCACGAUUGCAACUAUCUAGCAAACGACUGGCUUAAACGGCCAAACUAAAACCAAUCUUAAAAACCGAGGUGCAAUAAAUCAAUACUAUUUUUUAAACUGUUCUCAACAAUUCAUUAUUUGCUUUACUUUAACACACUUUAUAUACCUGUAAAUUAAUGUUUCUUUAUCCAUAUUUGCAUGCUUUUAUUUAAUUUUCUUGUUUUCACAAUUUAUCUCGUUUCUGUACUAUAAAACGUAUACAAAUGAAAAAACGGAGAGAAGAAAUCAUAUCGGGUUCCGUACUAGACAGUAAUUUUCGCAAGUUUCGUUUUAUUCUCAUCUAUGAAACAAAACCAUGGGAACACACUAAAACAAAGAUUGUAAAUAUCUCUAAAAACGGAAAUCCUUGUUAUACGUUAGGUUAGCCAACAACAACACACUCACGCAUGAGCAUUGAGCAAACACACAAAAGAAAAAUCAAAGUCUGUACUAUUACUUUAGAAAGCAUCCUUCACUGCUCUAUUUUGUGGUUAGAAACUAAUUUGUAUCCUUAGGUCAAAACUGCAGUUGUUUUUUUAGAACCAGAACUAAAUGAAAUGUUUGUUAUCUAAUCAUCACCAACGAGUGCCUAUGAAACGAAAACUCCUGUUUCUGUAUUUAUGUUCAAUGCCUAGAGACGUUCGGACUAAACUAAACUUGUUAAUUUGCGAAGCCAUAUCUCAAUUGGAACGUUAAGCAACAAAAUAUUUUUUAUGAUACAUUAAAGCAUAGAUUUAGGUAAUAAUUGGUAAAUGUGUUGUUAGAACUAGAAGUGAAGAAUUACAGUGGAAGGAGCAACCUAUUAGAGAAAAUUGUCUAAAACCUUUGUAGCGUUAACGUGUUUAGUGGAUAGUUGGAAGGAAUGCCAUAUUUGAUUAGUGUUGUAGACUGCAAAAGAGGAAAGCGCAUGGAAGAAAAUCCAACUAAUACUACAUUUUUCUCUUUCUGAUGAAAACAAGACUGAUUAAGCGAAAAAUUGUUAUUAGCUAAAAACAGAAAGAAUCGAAGCUCGAAGUAGGACGGAGACAUUGAAGGAAUAAAAAUGUGAAAUGGAAAGGAAUUGGAACCACAUAAGCAACAAUGCUGGAAACAUACUCACAAAGAUGUGAACAUAUAAUUUCAAAUUGCUCAUUAAGUUGUUUCUUUGAUUCCGUACUUCUUCCGUUUUGUUAACUUUAAUUCUUUCGAAUACAUUUUGAAGACUGAUUUAGACUUUUUCACCGUUUUUUACACUAUAUCGAUUAUUUAGAUAUUUAUUCACAACCAGAAGAUAUGAACAAAGAAAGACGAACUGGCAGCGCAAAAUACUUUACUUUAACUCACUAGAAGAGAGCUCAGAUUUGGAAAAAAUGAAAAAAAAAUACGAAAAUAGUGCUGGGGUGAUGCAAUAUUUUACGAAAAAGAGAACACCAACACUUGAAUAAAUUCGAAACUCUGCGGUUCAUCUCCGAAGCCAGUAAAACAUAUGCCGAAGUGAGAGUGGAACUAAUGCGCACCGGAAGGUGCCUAACCACUGCAAACAUUUCAGAACCCAAAUGCGAGAAAACAUCAACCCGAAUGAGGAAUGAUUAGUUAAUUAUUACGAAUAUUUUCUUUAAGACUAUUUUCGAUAAAUUGAUACCUAAUCACAACUAUUAGCUGUAGAGAGAAAUCAAAUAAUCAAAAUGAAAAAAACAUAAAUGCAAGCAAGUUCCAAACACAACCUAAUCGUUGCCUAGGUGUUAGAUUUAGCGUUAGAUGCCGGUUUGCCGCAUAGGGCAAACCGCACAAUGAGAGAAAAACUGUAUCAAACUGAAGGAUGCGUAGAAGCGUAGUUGAAAUUUUCGUUUAAGUUAUGGAAGUAAGGGAAAGGUGAGACGAUAUGAACGUUGAACAGAUACGGGAGGAAACGUAUGACUUUGAAAGAAAUUUUUCUUUUUGGAAAAAUAAAUGUAUUCUGUAGCUGAGAAAAAAAA